AUGACGAUUCAAACCGCCUCUAAUUCUGCCGUUGAAUAUCCUCUCGGAAACAAGGAAUUUCAGACGUUGGAAAGCUUGGAAACUCGAACCGACCUUAAAGCCGACCCCGUUUCCGGGAUCGACAUAAUUGAUAUACGUCACGAUGCCGCCGUGGUCAAUUUGAAGGACGAGAUUCUGGGUUCAUUAAGGCCUGAAAAUGGCCCAAAGACAUUGCCAACACUACUACUCUACGAUGAACGAGGUCUACAGUUGUUCGAGAAGAUCACCUACUUAGAGGAAUACUACCUCACCAACGCGGAAAUCGAUGUUCUACAGCGCUCUGCCGACAGCAUUGCAAAGGCCAUACCAUCAGGCUCCAUGGUUAUUGAGCUUGGUAGUGGUAACUUGCGGAAAGUAAGUAUCCUAUUACGAGCAUUAGAAGCUGCAGCCAAAAACAUCGAUUAUUAUGCGUUGGAUCUUUCGGUGAAAGAGCUGAAACGGACGUUGGAACAAGUUCCCAAUUUCAAAUGUGUCAAAUGCCAUGGCCUUCAUGGCACAUAUGAUGAUGGCCUCGACUGGCUGAAAACGCCAGAAAAUGCGUCGAGGACAAAGUGUGUUAUGUCUCUAGGAUCCAGUAUUGGUAACUUCCAUCGUAAUGAGGCCGCGGCAUUCCUAGGACGUUUCACAGAGACAUUGGGGCAAUUUGACUCCCUCCUGAUUGGAUUGGAUGCAACCGACAACCCUGCAAAGGUUUACGAUGCUUACAAUGAUCGUGAAGGAUUAACUCAUGAGUUUGUUCUCAAUGGGCUGCUCCAGGCAAAUGAAAUACUGGGAGAGGAAGUUUUCCGCCUAGAAGACUGGAAGGUGAUCGGGGAAUACGUUUAUGACCACCAGGGAGGCCGCCACCAAGCCUUCUAUUCUCCUAAUCGCAAUGUCCAAUACAAGGACAUCGUUAUCAAAGCUGGAGAGCGAAUCCAAGUCGAACAAAGCUUGAAAUACAGCCCCCAGGAAACCAUUCAGCUUUGGAAAGGCUCCAGGCUUCAAGAGGUUGAUCGAUGGUCAGCCACCUCUGAUGCUUAUAGUGUCCAUCUGCUAGCUAAGGAGCAAAUGGCGGCAUUUAACACCGACCCGGCCGUCUAUGCGGCAUCAGCCAUUCCAACGCUAGAGGAUUGGAAAGGGCUUUGGCAAGUCUGGGAUGUAGUUACCCAGCAGAUGAUCUCCGAUGAAGAGUUGCUAGAGAAGCCUAUCAAGCUGAGAAAUGCUUGCAUUUUCUAUCUGGGCCACAUCCCAACGUUCUUGGAUAUUCAACUCAACAAGGUCACCGAGGAGCCUCCUUGUGAACCAUCUGACUACCCCAAAAUAUUUGAGAGGGGAAUCGAUCCGGAUGUGGAUAAUCCAGAUCACUGUCAUUCCCACUCAGAAAUUCCCGAUGAGUGGCCACCUGUAGAUGAGAUUCUUGGGUAUCAGACGGCGGUGCGCGAGAAAGUAAAUAAGCUUUAUGGGUCAGGAGAUUUCCCCCGCGAUGUUGGUCGAGCUCUGUGGAUAGGGUUUGAGCAUGAGGUAAUGCAUCUGGAAACGCUUCUUUAUAUGCUCUUGCAUAGCGAUAAAACACGACCACCCACUCUGCAUACGCCCGAUUGGGAGAGGGAUGCGAAGCUAGCGGAGGCUGCUCGAGUACCGAAUGAGUGGUUCGACAUCCCAGAGCGGGGAAUUACCAUUGGCCUCGAGGACCCAGAAGACAAUUCAGGCGGGGACCACCAUUUUGGAUGGGAUAAUGAGAAGCCACCGCGGGAUGUUGUCGUACCAGCCUUCCAGGCCAAGGCUCGGCCAGUCACAAACGAAGAAUAUGCUCGUUACCUCGAGGAAACACACAAUCCAAAGGUUCCAGCCUCGUGGGCCGAGAACAAAACAAGCGCUGAUUAUACAAACGGUUAUACCAACGGCUACUCGAAUGGAUAUACCAACGGCGUGAACGUCAAUAACAAUGCAUCAACUCCCCUAACAAAAGCACUCCUAAAUGAAAAGUCGGUAAGAACAGUCUAUGGUCUAGUUCCACUAGAGCAUGCUUUAGAUUGGCCUGUGAUUGCUUCUUAUGAUGAACUUGCAGGCUGUGCGGCCUGGAUGGGGGGAAGGAUUCCGACAGCUGAGGAGGCGCGUUGUAUCUACAGCCAUGUUGAUGGGCUGAGACUCAAGGAAGCAGAACACCAGCUCAGUAAAACUGUUCCUGCAGUAAAUGGACAUCUAGUCAACGACGGAGUCGAAGAAACGCCCCCAUCACGUACUUCCGAAAGCGGUGGGAGCUCGCAAGAGCUUUUCACCAGUCUCGAGGGGUGCAAUGUAGGUUUUACGCAUUGGCAUCCUGUUGCCGUUACCGCAAAUGGCAACCGACUUUCAGGUCGGUCAGAUAUGGGCGGUGCUUGGGAAUGGACAAGUUCGGUGCUUGAGAAGCACGAAGGGUUUGAGCCUAUGCCACUUUAUCCAGCUUACACAGCUGAUUUCUUUGACGGCAAACAUAAUAUUAUCCUUGGUGGUUCUUGGGCUACUCAUCCGCGGAUUGCUGGACGUAAGACUUUCUUCACAGGUGCCUCUACUCUUUCAGAUCUGUCCAGGCACGUUUUCUUUCUCUUCUACGUUUCCAGAUCUGCCGAGGAACGUUCUUUCAACCAAUACGGAUACCUCGACCAUUUCUUUACAACUGUGCUGUCUUCGAAACUUGCUCAUGCUUCUAACUUACCUCACUUCGAAACCGAUUCCGAUAUGGUCCACAAGAUCGACCUCGAAAUCAACAUGGAUACUCCAGAAAAGGUCAUACGGCCUUUCAGAAAUAAUACCCUGUACAGGUGGGAAGGUGGUCAGAAUCUUGAGCAUCAUUGCGGAGUUUGUGCUAUACCUCUGAACCAUUCACGGGCGAAAAUGCGGUGUCUCGGGAAGCAUGUGGAACCUUGCCGCAAAUACCACCCAACCUUACAUUUUGUUGGUAGAGCGCAUGAAUGCUUCACUUGCCGUGUAGUGGAUGAGAUGCAUCACGCUAGGCACAAGGAAAUCCUCCAGCUGACAAGGAAGAUAAAUCACUUGGACAAGCUCGCUUCCGCUAUAUCUGACGACUCUGCGCGACGAACAUCUACCCCGAGUGGCACGGAUUCAAACUCUCCACCACGAGUCACAAAAAGACAAAGGAAGAAGUUGGGAAACGGAACAAAAGCAGAUCGGCUGAAAGUCGAGUCUUUCCCAAUGGUGGACUUGGAUUUCAUCAGUCGGGCUAUUCAUGGAGCAGUGCUUGAGACCAAGAGUGGUUGGGAGGGUGCUCACAAUGCCGACAAUGUAAUUAAUGCGGCAGAAAAUGGGGAACAGGCGGAGAUAAUGCAAGAUGGAGAUGCAGACUCUGAAGACGAGGAUGAUGAAGCGGAUGCACAAACGCCAAAAGCUCCAAGUCCCAAUCCCGCCAAGCUGAAUACCCCAAGGCAAAGAAAAGCGGCGAAGCUCCGACUUCAGGCAAAGCGAAACGGUAGCUCCCGCAAAUAUGUCGCUCCGACUACCAGGAGCAAGGUGGACAUCUACGACCGUGUCGACCCCUUGAUCUUACAGCGGCUUGGUGUCGAAGUGGCCCCUUCAGCAAUUAAAUAUAGAACGAGGAAGGAGCUGGUUGAUAAGCUGAUUGCUGCCAUCAAGGAAGACUUGGAGGUGUUGAGGAAGGAGGAGGAAGAGAAAGUGGUGAGAGAGCGUGGGUUCUGGACCUGGGCGGGAAAGCCGGCGUACGAGCUGAUGGCGGAAACGAGGGAGGAGAUUGAUUGGGCUACUGGACAGAGGAGGGGAGAUGCGGCGUGA